CUCCACGAUCAACAUGGAGUCAAAUAAGCCGCCAGUGCCUGAGCGCAAGAACUGGGACAAGGGCGAGUGGGCGGAGAAGGCGCGGGACAAGGACCGGGAAGCGCGGGCCUUCGCGCAGGCGCGCGACAAGGCGAUGAGGGAGGGCCGCAAAUUCCGCCCGGACGACGUCGCGGUGCCCGGCGCAACGGGGCAUGCGCAGGCGCACGGCGUCGACCUCGAGAAGAACCUCGGCAAGACGAUGCUCGUCUCCAAUGCCGCGGGCAGCGGGCAGCGCGGCGCAGGCUUCUACUGCGAGCUGUGCAAUCGCACACUCAAAGAUUCGCUGAGUUAUCUCGACCACCUCAAUUCCAGGUUCCAUCUUUCCAAACUCGGCCAGUCAACACACGUCGCGCGAUCCACCGUCGCGCAGGUGCGCGCGCGCAUCGCCCAGCUCCGCGAAGAGUCGAAGACCAAAGUCGACGCUAAGAAUUAUGACUUCAACAAGCGUCUUGAGGAGGUUCGCGCCGCUGAGCGGGCAAAGCGUGAGGCACGCCGCGAAGAACGGCGGCGGAAGCGCGCAGAGGAACGCGAACGCGAGGAGCUCGCGAGACUCGGUGUCGAGGGCAAGCGUGGAGAAAAGGAGGUCGAGGAGGCCGUGGCGGCGCAGCAGAGCAUGGAGGAGAUGAUGGGAUUCGGCGGGUUUGGGAGUAAACGAAAGUAGACACAUGUAUCGCUAGAAGAG